AUGGAGGUACUUAUGGCAGAACGGGCCAAUUUGGUCUUUCACAAUAAAGCGAUAGAUGGAAUUGCCAUGAAACGACUUAUUAGUCGAUUAAUCGAUCACUUUGGAAUGGCAUAUACGUCACACAUCCUGGAUCAAGUAAAGACUCUGGGUUUCCAGCAAGCCACUGCUACAUCCAUUUCAUUAGGAAUUGAUGAUCUUUUAACAAUACCUUCUAAAGGAUGGCUAGUCCAAGAUGCUGAACAACAAAGUUUGAGUUUGGAAAAACACCAUCAUUAUGGGAAUGUACACGCGGUAGAAAAAUUACGUCAAUCUAUUGAGAUAUGGUAUUCUACAAGUGAAUAUUUGCGACAAGAAAUGAAUCCUAAUUUUAGGAUGACUGACCCUUAUAAUCCAGUCUAUAUAAUGUCUUUUUCGGGAGCUAGAGGAAAUGUGUCUCAGGUACAUCAAUUAGUAGGUAUGAGAGGAUUAAUGUCAGAUCCACAAGGACAAAUGAUUGAUUUACCUAUUCAAAGCAAUUUACGCGAAGGACUCUCUUUAACAGAAUAUAUCAUUUCUUGCUACGGAGCCCGCAAAGGAGUUGUGGAUACUGCUGUACGAACAUCAGACGCUGGAUAUCUCACGCGAAGGCUUGUCGAAGUAGUUCAACAUAUUGUUGUACGUAGAACGGAUUGUGGCACUAUUCGAGGUAUUUCUGUAACUUCUCGGAACGGCAUAAUGCCGGAAAGAAUUUUUAUCCAAACAUUAAUCGGUCGUGUAUUAGCAGAUGAUAUAUAUAUGGGUUCACGGUGCAUUGCCACCCGAAACCAAGAUAUCGGGGUUGGACUUGUCAACCGAUUCAUAACGCUUCGAACCCAACCAGUAUCCAUUCGAACUCCUUUUACUUGUAGGAGUGCAUCUUGGAUCUGUCGAUUAUGCUAUGGCCGGAGUCCGACUCACGGCGACCUGGUUGAAUUGGGAGAAGCUGUGGGUAUUAUUGCGGGUCAAUCUAUUGGGGAACCUGGUACUCAACUAACAUUAAGAACUUUUCAUACGGGCGGAGUAUUCACAGGGGGUACUGCAGAACAUGUACGAGCCCCUUCUAAUGGAAAAAUCCAAUUCAAUGAGGAUUUAGUUCAUCCCACACGUACACGUCAUGGACAUCCCGCCUUUCUAUGUUAUAUCGACUUGUAUGUCACUAUUGAGAGUGAAGAUACUCUACAUAAUGUAAAUAUUCCGCCCAAAAGUUUUCUUUUAGUUCAAAACAAUCAAUAUGUUGAAUCCGAACAAGUGAUUGCUGAAAUUCGCGCGGGGACAUCUAACUUGAAUUUUAAGGAAAGGGUUCGAAAACAUAUUUAUUCGGACUCAGAAGGAGAAAUGCACUGGAGUACCGAUGUGUACCAUGCACCCGAAUUUACAUACGGUAAUGUUCAUCUCUUACCAAAAACAAGUCAUUUAUGGAUAUUAUCCGGAAGGCCGUACAGAUCGAGUGUAGUCCCCUUUUCGCUCUCCAAGGAUCAAGAUCAAACGAACAUUCAUUCUCUUUCUUUCGAACAAAUAGAUAUUUCUAACCCCUCAGUCAUUAAUGAUCAAAUAAAAGAGAAAUUAUCGGACUCUUUUAGUAAAAAAGAGGAUAGGAUUCCUGAUUAUUCCGAACUUAAUCUCAUAUAUCCUGCAAAAAAUUCUGAUUUAUUGGCAAAGAAACGAAGAAAUAGAUUCAUUAUUCCAUUUCAAUCGAAUCAAGAACGAGAAAAAGACUUAAGGUACCGUUCUGGUCUCUCAAUUGAAAUACCUAUAAAUGGUAUUUUUCGUAGAAAUAGUAUUUUUGCUUAUUUCGAUGAUCCUCGAUACCGAAGAAAGAGUUCGGGAAUUACUAAAUAUGGGACUACAGAAAUGCAUUCAAUCGUUAAAAAAGAGGAUUUGAUUGAGUAUCGAGGAGUCAAAGAAUUUCGACCAAAAUACCAAAUGAAAGUAGAUCGGUUUUUUUUCAUUCCCGAAGAAGUUCAUAUCUUACCCGGAUCUUCGUCCAUAAUGGUACGCAACAAUAGUAUCAUUGGAGUAGAUACACAAAUCACUUUAAAUACAAGAAGCCGAGUGGGCGGAGUGGUCCGAGUGGAGAGGAAAAAAAAAAAGAUUGAACUUAAAAUUUUUUCUGGAGAUAUACAUUUUCCUGGGGAGACAGAUAAAAUAUCCCGACAUAGUGGCAUUUUGAUACCACCAGGCAGAACAAAUUCCAAGGACUCAAAAGAUUUGAAAAAUUGGAUCUAUGUCCAACGGAUCACCCCUACUAAGAAAAAAUCUUUUGUUUUGGUUCGACCCGUAGUCCCAUAUGAAAUAACGGACGGUAUCAAUUUAACAACACUUUUCCCUCAGUAUUUGUUGCAGGAAAGGGAUAAUGUGCAACUUCGAGUUGUCAAUUAUAUCCUUUAUGGAAAUGGCAAAGCCACUCGAGAAAUUUCUGACACAAGUAUUCAAUUAGUACGUACUUGUUUAGUAUUGAAUUGGAAUCAAAAUAAAAAAAGUUCACGAUGGAUACUAGGCGCUGUGCGUAUCGACCCGUGCAGUGUUGUAGCUAACGCGUUAAGUAUCCCGCCUGGGGAGUACGUUCGCAAGAAUGAAACUCAAAGGAAUUGA